AUGCUCACUGCUGAAGGUUUUGGGGGUGGAGACCUCAUAAUCGGGAAUUACCCAUGGGACCCUCUGGCGGCAACACCAACGAAAAUUUAUUCCGGCUUUGCUGUCACCAGUGAUGCCAGUAAUGCCAUAUAUGAUGAAGGCUUCCCGGACGAUCAUUCGCUUUGCUAUAAAACUGGUGACGGCCGCGAGUCUACUAUCGAGGGUGACUGCUGGAGUACCCCACGCAAGUUCAAGUGGAAGUCCGACUUUGCCGGCCGCCCUGAUACCUGGGAAGUCAAGGAUGGUGACCUUGGUACUGGCCAGGGACAAACCGAUACUACCUUUAUUGGUAUCGCUAUUGGUGAAGAUGCUAGCUGUGUUGUGAGGUUCGAUCCUGAAAGUGAUGGAUUCCCUGUUGAUGAUGAUAACGGCCCUUGUCAUGUUACCUCAGGUUGA